AUGAAGAGCGUGGAAAGCGACCAAGAGUUCGAAGAGCUACUGAGAUCUCCGACACUGAUCGUAGAUUGUUUCGCAACAUGGUGCUGGCCGUGCAAAUUCAUUGCUGGUCCCCUUCAUGAACUAGAACUCAAGUUCUCAUCCGCCACAUUUGUUCAAGUCGACGUUGACAAGCUUAAAGAUGUUGCUGCCCGACUUGAAAUCACAGCCAUGCCGACAAUCAUAACGUUCAAGCAUGGCAAGGAGGUUGAGAGGGUAGUUGGCGCUGAGAUAUCAAAGAUUGAAGCAAUGAUUAAAAAACACGCUCAAGAAUCAUUCGGUGGGUCUGGACAUACUCUAGGGAGUGCCUCCACACCCACUCCAACACCACAACCGCAACAAGCAUCUGCAUCAUCAAAAAUCAGCAUACCCACACAGCUAGGACCCAAACCGCAAGGCGACUGUGACAUACAGCUACGCCUCCCAGAUGGAUCUAUCGCCAAGACUCGAUUUAGUAAGGCUGAUACCAUGUCUGACGUGUACGCGUAUGUAACGGAGAUUAUGGGUGGUGAGGAGUUUAGGAUUAUGACGAACUUUCCUAAAAGGGUGUAUGGACCAGAUGAUUUGAGUCGUACAUUAGAGGAUGAGAAACUGGCUCCGAGAGGACAGUUGUUUGUUGCGAAAGCCUGA